GGAGGCAGCAGCCAGGCUUAAAGAGCAGGAGGUCAGGUUUAAACAAAUGGAAUUGGAAGAGCAGACUAAACGGGAAAUACGCCUAAAAGAGCUAGAGCUAAACCAGGCCCCUCCCCCACGACAUGGCAGUGGUGCACAAGCUGAUUUUGACGUUAACAAGUGCAUCCGUAUGAUUCCUCCAUUUAAUGGUAAAGAUGUUGAUAAAUACUUCAUUCUGUUCGAGCGCACGGCUGACACUUUGAAAUGGCCCAAAAAUGUUUGGCCGUUACUUUUGCAAUGUGUGUUUACUGGGAAAGCCCAGGAGGCAUAUACAUCGUUGUCACCAGCUGACAGUCUUGACUAUGACAAAGUCAAGGCUGCCGUGCUUAGGGCAUUUGAAUUGGUGCCUGAAGCCUAUAGGCAAAAGUUUCGCCGGUAUAAGAAGUUAGACGAUCACACCUUUUCUGAGUUUGGUCGGGAGAAAGAGGCUCUGUUUGACCGCUGGUGUCAUGCAUCUAAGGUAGCGGUGUUCGAACAGUUACGUGAGCUCAUCCUGCUAGAAGAGUUUAAGAACUGUUUAUCAGAUAGGCUGGCAACCUAUAUUAAUGAGCAAAAAGCUUUGACACUGGCAGCUGCAACUGUCUUUGCGGAUGAGUAUGUGCUCACCCACAGGGACAGUUUUGAGAGGACUCCUGUGUCGGAGCAUAGUUCUUACUCAUCAUGGCGCAAAUCUAGCUCUUCUCACUCAGACAAUGUUCCAGUAGGAACCUAUGUUCCAUUUAUUAAGCGGGAGGGUGAAGAGAAGCUUGAAAAGUCAGACAGUGGGGAGGGUGUGAAGGAGAGGCCAACUUGCAGUUAUUGUAAGAAAAUAGGUCACACCAUUAACAAAUGCUUUACUCUUAAGAACAAGUCUCAACCACCGAAAUCUGUUGUGUUAAUUAAAAGUGAGUCUUUGAUUUCAGUUUCAACAGAGCCGGUGCGCACUCCUGACCCUGAAUUCCAGCCCUUUUUAAUGAAGGGUUUUGUCUCUUUGACAGAGGGGGACUCUAAGCUACCAGUUAAUAUCAUCAGGGACACUGCGUCCAACCAAUCUGUAAUCUUGGAGCAUGUGUUGCCAUUUUCAGAUAUAUCUGCUGUUGAGUCAGAUGUGCUCGUUAGAGGGUUUGAUAUGCGAGAUGUGGGCCUGCCGCUUCAUAACAUCUAUCUUGAGUCAGAUUUGAUCAAGGGGUGCGUUAAGGUGGGGGUCUGUGCGCAACUCCCAAUCGAGGGGGUGACUCUGCUCUUGGGUAAUGAUUUGGCUGGUGGUAAAAUGCUCAUUAAUCCAGAGGUAAUUGCUGUUCCUCUGCCAGAAAACUCUGACGAUUUGGCAUUGAAAUUUCCCAUAGUGUUUUCUGUCUGUGCCGUGACGCGGGCAAUGGCCGAGCGUCAAAAACUGGAGGCUGAGGUGGAACUGUCCGACAGUUUUCUGGUUGACUGUUCAGUUUCCCCAACCGCCUCUCCAGAGGUCCCUGCCCGUUCCGUUUUGCCUCAACUUGACUCAAAGGUUUGCAUGUCACGUGAGCAGCUAGUUGCCGAUCAAAAGCGGGACGUAUCACUAGCUCCUCUCUUUGAAUGUGUGAUUUCAGGAGAGGCGUUAGAUGAUAUGUCAACAGGGUUUUUCCUAAAAGGUAACGUGCUCAUGCGUAGGUGGACACCUCCAAAGUUAGGUGGCGAUGAUAGUUGGGGGGUGGUGGAACAGAUCGUUAUUCCUCGAACAUAUCGAAGUGAGAUUUUGAAACUAGCACAUGAUAAUCCACUUUCUGGUCACCUAGGAAUUAAUAAGACUUUUGAUCGUAUCUUGCGGUACUCUUUCUGGCCAGGGCUAAAAGGUGACGUGCGUCACCAUUGUAAAACUUGUCAUGUUUGCCAGGUUGCUAAAACCCAAGCCAUCCCUCCAUAUCCACUUUAUCCAAUUCCUGCUAUUGGUGAACCGUUUGAGCGUGUUGCACAGGGCAAAAUGAAGAGAUGGUUUGACAAGGGUGCCAGAAGCAGGAGUUUUCGUCCCGGUGAUAAAGUGCUGGUUCUAUUGCCUGUUCCUGGCUCUUCUCUGCAGGCGCGUUAUAGCGGCCCUUACCUAGUCAAGAGGAAGGUGGGUGAUCGAGACUACAUCAUCGACACCCCUGAACGUCGACGGCGUAGUAGGCUGUGUCAUAUUAAUAUGUUGAAGCCUUAUUUUGACAGGGAGUCUCAGUCUGUUUCCACCCCUUCUGAUGGUCCAGUGGUCAGUGGGGCACUGGAGCUGUCCAGUGUGGGAAUUGCUGAUGGUGACAAGGUAACUCUGGCGCUGUCUAGCAACGCCAGUGUUCCUCCCCCUGAAUCUCAGGAUGACCAAGAGGAUAUUGUAGGGAUGUCCAGUGAUGUAUGCUUUCUAAUCUUCAUUGUUGUCUUCCAAAUUUGGUUCAGUCUCUUGUUUUUCUGAACCAGAUGCGGAACACAAACCGAAGGUUAAUGAGGCGGUCAAAAUUCUUGCAGUAUUUCAAUGUGGAGGUCAGGCUGACACACCUGCAGCAAAUUUGAGAUCCCCACGCCCAAUUACCAGCCUGCUGCAUAAAGCCAGCAAGUCAGUUGCUUGAGGAGAACAGACCCGGCAACACCUUUGUCCCACAGUGCGAGUUGUUAAAUAGCCUUUUCUUUCUGUAAUCUUUGAUCAAGGCCUGGGGAUGGCCGGCGGUCCUACUUUUCCGUUUAGUUCUUAAUUUAUGAUUUGGUUUGGUCAGGCAGGGAGGGGGGCCAGCCUCGACGUCCCUAUAGGGGGUGGCCUGGUCCCCCCUCCAUUUUGCUGAGUUUGUCCGGCAUCCCCAGGUCCCCUUUGGUUUGCAGUCUUCUUUAUUUGUUAAAGUAUUCAUACUGCAUUUCAGCUAUGGUUUCAUUUGGUUAAUAAAACCCGUUAAAACAUCUUA